CUGAACGCAGCUGAACGUGGUUGCACGUGGUUGCAAGUAGUUAAAAGUUACAUUUUCAUGAUAUAAAUUUAUCAUUGUACACAACAGAAAUUUUGUUGAAUAAGCUGGUGCAUAGAUCAAGAUGGAGGAAAAAAACAUUGUUGAAUGGUUAAACAAAAAAAUUGCCAGCUUACAAGAAUCGCAUGUGCAAGAUGAUGUUGAUCCGGAUACACUCAGUGAGGGAGAUUUACAAAGGCAACGUGAUGCACGUAUAAAGCGUAUAAAGUCAAUUGAUGCAGCAUUUGAAAAAUUUCCAACAUUAGAGAAAGUAUGUAAAGAUUGGAGUAACAAUGUCAUAGACUCUUGCUUCACAACAUUCGUUUUUGAGGAACCAUCACUUGACACUGAAGAAUUUAAUAUAAGAGAAAAUUAUUUUAUGAAUUUUGCAAAUUUAGCCGGUCGCAAUUUAAGACACAUAGAUCUUUCUGAAGAGUAUGCUUCUUCUGGAAUAAUGCAAUGUAUAAAAACUGAUUGUCAAAAUCUUAAGUCACUUUGUUUGGCUUUUUACGAAGUAAAAAGUGAAGAUUUCGAAAAUUUUUUUUCUAAUAUGUCUUAUCUUAAAUCGCUGGUGAUUAAAUGGGAUUGUGAAGAUUCUACUCUUCCAGAGACUUUGGUCAAGUCAUUGGAACAAGUUGGUGGAACCUUGGAAUAUUUUGAGGUUCAAAGUUAUUCAGACGAAAUUCAUUUGUGCUUACCAUAUUCACUGGCUUCGGUAUUUCCUCGAUUAAUCGCUUUGGAAUCGUUAUGUAUAGAAGGUUUUCAAAUUGUUCAGCCAUUAUUUCAGUCGAUAGGGGAAAUGAAAAAUUUGGAGAAACUAUCAUUAGAGUGUGACUUUCUAAACACGUUUGAAUAUGUUUAUCCAAUUGGGUUAUUCAAGAAUCUCACGAGUUUAUCUAUUACUAAUUAUGAUUAUAUUACAAAUGAAUUUUUGGUUUAUCUUUGUAAUAAUGCUCAGAAAAUUAUUUAUUUAACUAUAGGUGGUACAAAUAUAACAGAUGAUGGUAUUAUUGCGCUUAAUAAUUUGGAACAGUUAGAGCAGUUCAAUAUUAAUUUAUGGGGAUCAACAGUUAAAAAAAUGAAGUUUAUCACUAAUGAAUCAAUUCAAUGUUUAUUUAAUAAAAACUUGCGAUCUUUGUGGUUAUCAAAUUGCAUUAAAAUCACUAAUAUAUCAGUGAUUAAACUUCUUGAAAAUUUACCAAAUUUAGACACUUUGUAUGUUCAAAAUACAAAGGUAACUUAUGAUGUUGUUGAAGAAAUAUCUAAAUCAUCAAAAUAUCGUGAAAAGGAAUUAAAGAUAUAUGUUUCAUUUGAAGAUCGUGAGGGUCGGUUCCCAAUAAUAAAAACAUCACACAACAUUGUUUUUCGGGAUAAAUUAUACUUAUAAAUUAUUAUUCUUAUUUAAUUUUUUCCA